AUGUCCAAGGCAGGAGAAGGUGGGAACACCAGUCUAGCAAGGGUCGGGAGUGUCGCAAGCGCUACCAGGCCCAUCAGCGGCCUCUCCUUCCUGGACGAGAGCAAGCUGCACCCCGACUUCCGCCGGCUGAAGGGCAAUCAGAUGUACUUUGUCGACCGCUGUGUCUACUUUGAGCGCAAUGGCAUGAGCGGCGAGAAUCGCAUCAUCGCCCUCACUCCAACGGCCUUCUUUGUUCUUGAUUUCAAUGGUACAAUGGACCGCGGGACAGCGUACGAGCAGGUCGGGGAUAUUUAUCAGAAGAAGGCCAAGGGGAAGCUGCUCUCUUUUAUUGCGAGCGAGAACCACCUCCUACUGAAAGUCCCCUCAGAGAUUGAUUGCCACGUCUGCUUCCUCAACCCGGGCACACUGCAUAAGUGCACGGAGGUGCUCCAGAGGGUACUGGGGGCGCAGCGCGGCGUCGCCGUCGCAGUGAAGGAUGUCCCGCCCGAGAAGGGCAUUGAGUUCUACUGCAACGACAAGCGGCCGGAGGGCUACUACACCUUACGCGAGGUGGCGGAGGUUAUGCGGCAGCGCAGCAUCCUCGAGACGUACAUCAGCGAGGGCCAGAGACAGGUGAUGGCAUUGCUGCAGGAGAUCGAGGUCGCCAAACAGCAGGUCGCUUCCCGAGAGGAGGAGGUGGAGGCACUUAAAAAGAAGGGCAUUGACGAAAAGUCGAUACGCCGUCGCAAGGCGAGUGUAGAGGAGAAGCAGAUGCAGCUCCACCAGAAGGUGUCGGCGAAACAAGAGGAAAAUGAGCGCGUCCUGGAACGUGUUCGGACGCUGAAGGACGAUCUUGAAGCCGCUCGCAACAACAUGGGGGCACUAGUGGAGGAAGGCAUCGCAGCGGUGAUGGCGAAGGUGAGCAAACAGGACGAUGAGACUGUUGCGCUGCGCCGGCGCGUCCAGCAGAAGGAGCGGGUCGCCGCUGAAGAAGAGAUCAUGAAGUACAAACGGGAGCUGUUUGCCGCGCACGGUGGUGGUAACGCCGCGACAAGGGCUCUGGAGGCGAAAGUCAGUACCGCCUUUGCGGAACUUGAGAAGGAGCUAGAGGAGGUGUUUCGCCUCGAAAAGUUUAUCACCACAGUGAAUGGGGAGAUACGAGUGCACAGCGACCAAAUCGCUUCGCUGAAUAGCGAGAAACAAGGACUCAUAAACGCACGUGAAAAGAAGGCUGUGCCCUCUCCAACCAAACCUGCGCCUGGAAACGGUCUAGACGAGCUGGACGACUUGUUACUCGCCGCGCCUGUUAACAACCUUCUUAACUCCCCUCCUCUCCCUCCUUCUGCUGCUGCUUCUGCAGUGACGGCGGCAUCAGGGGAUCCGUUGAGUGCUGCGCUGUUGGAAGAGGACCUACUGUGA